AUGACCGAUUCUGAAGAAUCACCACGGACAAGUUCUUUAGUAAGUAUGGAAGAAAUCGAACCGUAUGUUAGGCGGAAAAGAGCAGCAUCAGAGAAAAUUAACAAACUUCAAGGAUUGAAUGAAGAGGAACAAAUGGCAUUACGGAUGAACAUAAAUUCUCGAGAGAGAAAACGAAUGCACGAUUUAAAUGAUGCCUUAGAUGAACUUCGUCGAAGUUUACCGUAUUCACAGACACCGAAUUCAAGAAAAAUGUCGAAAAUAAAUACAUUGAUCCUGGCAAGUAGUUGGAUACGACAGUUAACACACGCAAACAACGAACUGAGAAGGCAGCUGGAAGAAAUACGAGGAAGUUCAAGCGCUGAAGCUGAUAGUGCCAAGUGGCCAAAGCUGUCUGCACCACAAACACCGCCAGUGAGCAGUACUUCACAUCUGCACUCAUUGAAUGUUUUAAGGGCUCCAGUUUUUCCGCUCCAUGUAAUGCCAGUACCGCAGAAGUCACUGCUCCGAAUAGCACCGUUACCUUGUGUUAAAUCCAUCAAUGGAGUCUGUUUCUGUAUCAACUGUAUUAUAACUGAGUCAUCGAAUUUGAAAGAAAAUAAUGAUAAAUAA